CUCUUACAAUAGCGGUGAAAUUCUUUUUCUUAUCGCGAGUGUUAUGUCGAAAGAGCCGUUUGAGAACCACUGAGAAAGCACGAGGAUCGCUGGGUUUCAUCAUUUACCACCAAUUUUCAUGAAAUUAAAAGAGCUAUGGCAUCGUUCGUGAUACCGGUCUCAGCGAGAUUCACUCGUGUCACAGUUGAUAGCUUGCAUAAUAUAAAUAAGAAUAUUUUACUUAGGCUAUCACAACCAUCGUUCAUUUCUUGGCGACGGCAAGAGUAUAGUACAAUUACAGAAGAAAAGAAAUCGGAAUCUUCAGAAACUCCAACACUAGAGACCGAAAAUGAGAAGAAGUUUAGAGCAGAUAUUGAGCUUCUCAAUAAAGAGCUGGCAGAAUUGAAAACUCAGGAAGAAGAAUUGAAAGAUAAAUAUAAAAGAGCUCUUGCAGAGGGAGAGAAUCUUAGAAUUAGGUUAACGAAACAAAUUGACGAUGCAAAAUUGUUUGGUAUCCAAGGUUUUUGCAAGGAUCUCUUAGAAGUAGCAGACAUAUUAGGUAAAGCCACAGAAAGUGUACCAAAGGAUGAGCUUACAGAAAAGAAUCCUCAUUUAAAGACUUUGUAUGAAGGCUUAAGGAUGACAGAAGCACAAUUGCAUAAAGUCUUUAAAAAGCAUGGGCUGGUUUCAUUGAACCCUCUGAAUGAAAAGUUUGAUCCUAAUCAGCACGAAGCAUUAUUUCAACAGGAGGUUGAAGGUAAAGCACCAGGCACAAUUGUAGUUGUAUCUAAAUUGGGCUAUAAGUUACACGAACGCGUUGUAAGACCAGCGUUAGUUGGCGUUGCCAAGGGAUAAUUUAUAAUUGUAAUGUCAAUUUAAAUGGAAUCCCUCGAAUCCGUGAAUAAACUAUUGGCGCAUAUAUAUUGUAAUUUAAAUUUAUAUGUAAUACAUCAAAGUAUAAUAUUACACGGAGUCGAUAUAGAAAGGAAGAACAGUGCAUAAAUUUUAUAAAAACUGAA